AUGUCUGCUCCUCACGUGCCAGCUGUCGCUGGAGGACAUCAAGAGCGUCAGAAUCGCAAACUGCUGGAACAGCUUCAGGAGCAAAAGAAAAGAUUACAGUAUGGACACCAUGGCAGCUCCAGCAGUGUGAUAAGCUCAGCUCCGAUAAUUACCAGCCCUGUAGCCUCCGUUGUAGGGCUAUCAGCAGCAGAAUAUGCCACUAUCAGCAACCCUCAGCAGAGAGCAGCAUUACAGCACGCCCAUGCAAAUUCAGUUGGAUACUUCAUUACCCAGGAUUCAUCAUUUGGAAAUUUGAUACUUCCAGUUUUGCCUCGUAUACCAGAUGUAAAGACUGAAAGUAAAUAA